AUGCUGGAAGAAGGGAGUGUGCCGCGUCGUGGUUCGGACUUCCGUGUGUGGAAGACUAACAUAGGAUUAUUCCCUGAAGCGAUAGACAGUGGAGUGUCGUAUUUGGCAAAGACCGAUGCCCACGAAGUUGUUGCCCUUAGGCUCAGCACGUUCCGUACAAGAGAGGAGGCUGCUGGGGAAGCUCAGCUAGAGGUACAGCCUACUCAACCUACCCAAGUUUCGACGGUUGAUCGUCAUGAGGACCGAGAAUUGACCCUUUUGGCGCCGAAUCCUUCCGAGACUGCAGCGCAAGAAACAUCUGCCAAAAAAAAGCUUCACGAAAACGACAAGAAGCUC